GGCGGCCGCAGCGGCAGCAGGAGCAUCAGCCCGGACAGCGCGCGGGGCGCCGGGCAAGCUGGCGGGAGCCAUGGCCGAUGCGGGCGAGGGCGAGGACGAAAUCCAAUUCUUGCGGACUGAUGACGAGGUGGUGCUGCAGUGCACGGCCGCGGCCCACAAGGAGCAGCAGAAGCUCUGUUUGGCAGCCGAAGGUUUUGGCAACAGACUCUGUUUCCUGGAGUCCACCUCGAAUUCCAAGAAUGUGCCCCCCGACCUCUCCAUCUGCACCUUUGUGCUGGAGCAGUCCCUCUCCGUCCGGGCCCUGCAGGAGAUGCUGGCAAACACGGUGGAGAAGUCAGAAGGGAAAUUCAUGAUGAAGACUGCUCAAGGCGGUGGUCACCGGACGCUCCUCUACGGCCACGCCAUCCUGCUGCGCCACUCCUGCAGCGGCAUGUACCUGUGCUGCCUGUCCACCUCCCGGUCUUCCACUGACAAACUGGCCUUCGACGUCGGCUUGCAAGAGGACACGACAGGUGAGGCUUGCUGGUGGACCAUCCACCCCGCCUCCAAGCAGCGCUCAGAAGGAGAGAAGGUGCGCGUUGGUGAUGACCUCAUCCUAGUGAGUGUGUCCUCUGAAAGGUACUUGCACCUGUCCUAUGGCGGCAGCAGCUUCCACGUGGACGCAGCGUUCCAGCAGACACUCUGGAGCGUGGCCCCGAUCAGCUCUGGAAGUGAAGCAGCCCAAGGGUAUCUGAUCGGUGGGGACGUCCUCAGGCUGCUGCAUGGACACAUGGACGAGUGCCUCACUGUCCCAUCUGGAGAGCACGGGGAGGAGCAGCGGAGGACUGUUCAUUAUGAAGGUGGAGCUGUAUCUGUGCAUGCACGGUCCCUGUGGAGACUAGAGACGCUGCGAGUCGCGUGGAGCGGAAGCCACAUAAGAUGGGGCCAGCCUUUCCGACUGCGCCACGUCACAACGGGGAAGUACCUGAGCCUCCUGGAAGACAAAACCCUCCUCCUGGUGGACAAAGAGAAAGCUGAUGUGAAGUCAACAGCGUUUACCUUCCGAUCUUCCAAGGAAAAGUUGGACGCAGGGGUGAGAAAAGAAGUCGAUGGCAUGGGGACCUCUGAGAUAAAGUACGGAGACUCGGUCUGCUACAUCCAGCACGUGAACACAGGCCUGUGGCUGACCUACCAGGCCGUGGAUGUGAAGUCUGUGCGAAUGGGGGCCACGCAGCGCAAGGCGAUCAUGCACCACGAAGGCCACAUGGACGACGGCCUCAGCCUGUCCCGGUCGCAGCACGAGGAGUCUCGGACGGCUCGCGUCAUCCGCAGCACCGUCUUCCUGUUCAACCGGUUCAUCAGGGGCCUAGACGCUCUCAGCAGGAAGGUGAGGGCGGUGCCUGGGGACUUGCCCAUCGAGUCUGUCAGCCUGAGCCUGCGGGACCUGAUCGGCUACCUGCACCCCCCUGACGAGCAUCUGGACCAUGAGGACAAGCAGAACAGGCUGAGAGCCCUGAAGAACCGGCAGAAUCUCUUCCAGGAGGAGGGGAUGAUCAGCCUCGUGCUACAGUGCGUGGACAGGCUGCAUGUCUACAGCAGCGCCGCCCACUUCGCUGACGUCGCCGGGAGAGAAGCCGGAGCAUCCUGGAAGUCGAUCCUGAAUUCUCUGUAUGAGUUGCUGGCGGCUCUCAUUAGAGGAAAUCGUAAGAACUGUGCCCAGUUUUCUGGCUCCCUGGACUGGCUGAUCAGCCGACUGGAAAGACUGGAAGCUUCUUCAGGUAUUCUGGAAGUCUUGCACUGCGUGUUGGUAGAAAGUCCAGAAGCUCUGAACAUCAUCAAAGAAGGGCACAUUAAAUCCAUCAUUUCACUCUUAGACAAGCACGGAAGAAAUCACAAGGUUCUGGAUGUCCUGUGCUCCCUCUGCGUCUGCCAUGGAGUGGCCGUCCGUGCCAACCAGCACCUCAUCUGUGACAACCUCCUUCCGGGACGGGAUCUGCUGCUGCAGACGCGCCUGGUGAACCACGUCAUCAGCAUGAGGCCCAAUAUUUUCCUGGGCAUCAGUGAAGGGUCUGCUCAGUACAAGAAGUGGUACUACGAGCUGAUGGUGGACCACACGGAGCCCUUUGUGACAGCUGAAGCCACUCACCUGCGCGUGGGCUGGGCCUCCACGGAGGGGUACUCCCCCUACCCUGGUGGGGGCGAGGAGUGGGGCGGGAACGGCGUUGGAGACGACCUCUUUUCCUACGGGUUCGAUGGCCUGCACCUCUGGGCAGGUUGUAUUGCUAGCACCGUGAGCUCGCCGAACCAGCACCUGCUGCGGACAGAUGAUGUCAUCAGUUGCUGUUUAGAUCUGAGUGCACCGAGCAUCUCAUUCCGAAUCAACGGGCAACCUGUUCAAGGAAUGUUUGAGAAUUUCAACAUCGACGGCCUCUUCUUUCCCGUUGUUAGUUUCUCUGCAGGAAUAAAGGUGCGCUUCCUGCUUGGGGGGAGGCAUGGAGAGUUUAAAUUUCUCCCUCCCCCUGGCUAUGCUCCUUGCUAUGAAGCUGUCCUGCCGAAGGAGAAGUUGAAGGUGGAACACAGCCGAGAGUACAAGCAAGAAAGAACUUAUACCCGGGACCUGCUGGGCCCCACAGUGCCGCUGACUCAGGCUGCCUUUACGCCAGUCCCUGUGGACACAAGCCAGAUUGUGUUGCCUCCUCACCUGGAGAGGAUCCGAGAAAAACUGGCAGAGAAUAUCCAUGAGCUCUGGGUUAUGAACAAAAUUGAACUUGGCUGGCAGUAUGGCCCGGUCAGAGAUGACAACAAGAGGCAGCACCCGUGCCUGGUGGAGUUCUCCCAGCUGCCGGAGCAGGAACGCAAUUACAACCUGCAGAUGUCACUGGAGACCCUGAAGACUUUGUUGGCAUUAGGAUGCCACGUGGGUAUAUCAGAUGAACAUGCUGAAGAAAAGGUGAAGAAGAUGAAGCUACCCAAGAAUUACCAGCUGACGAGUGGGUACAAGCCUGCCCCGAUGGACCUGAGCUUUAUCAAACUCACCCCGUCUCAGGAAGCGAUGGUGGACAAGUUGGCAGAAAAUGCCCACAACGUGUGGGCCCGGGAUCGGAUCCGGCAGGGCUGGACCUAUGGCAUCCAGCAGGACGUAAAGAACAGAAGAAACCCCCGCCUCGUCCCCUACACGCUUCUCGAUGACAGAACCAAGAAGUCCAACAAGGACAGCCUGCGGGAGGCGGUGCGCACGCUGCUGGGGUGUGGCUACGGCCUGGAGGCGCCGGACCAGGACCACGCAGCCCGGGCCGAAGUGUGCAGCAGCACCGGAGAGCGGUUCCGGAUCUUCCGCGCAGAGAAAACCUACGCCGUGAAGGCCGGGAGGUGGUACUUUGAGUUUGAGGCAGUCACGGCGGGAGACAUGCGGGUCGGUUGGAGCAAGCCGGGCUGCCAGCCGGAUCUGGAGCUGGGCGCCGACGAGCACGCCUUCGCUUUUGACGGUUUCAAGGCCCAGCGGUGGCACCAGGGCAAUGAGCACUAUGGGCGCUCUUGGCAAGCUGGCGAUGUCGUGGGCUGUAUGGUCGACAUGACGGAGCACACCAUGAUGUUUACACUGAAUGGCGAGAUCCUGCUUGAUGAUUCAGGCUCGGAACUGGCCUUCAAGGACUUUGACGUGGGUGACGGAUUCAUACCUGUGUGCAGCCUUGGGGUGGCUCAGGUGGGAAGGAUGAACUUUGGCAAGGACGUGAGCACCUUGAAGUAUUUCACCAUCUGUGGCUUACAGGAGGGCUAUGAACCCUUCGCCGUUAACACGAACAGGGACAUCACCAUGUGGCUAAGCAAGCGACUUCCUCAGUUUCUCCAGGUCCCGUCAAACCACGAACACAUCGAGGUGACCAGGAUCGAUGGCACCGUGGACAGCUCCCCAUGUUUAAAGGUCACGCAGAAGUCAUUCGGGGCCCAGAACAGCAGCACCGACAUCAUGUUCUACCGCCUGAGCAUGCCCAUCGAGUGUGCGGAGGUCUUCUCCAGGCCGGCAGCCGGGGCGCUGCCGGGGGCCGGCCUCUUCGGGCCCAAGAACGAUUUGGAGGAUUAUGAUGUGGACUCUGACUUCGAGGUUCUGAUGAAGACGGCACAUGGCCACCUGGUGCCCGAUCGGGCUGACAAAGACAGAGAUGCUCCGAAGCCAGAGUUUAAUAACCACAAGGACUACACGCAGGAGAAGCCCUCUCGUCUGAAACAAAGAUUCCUGCUCAGGAAGACAAAGCCCGAUUACAGCACCAGCCACUCGGCGAGACUCACCGAAGAUGUCCUCGCAGAUGACCGGGACGACCACGACUAUUUGAUGCAGACGUCCACGUACUAUUACUCAGUGAGAAUCUUCCCCGGACAAGAACCCGCUAACGUCUGGGUGGGCUGGAUCACGUCUGAUUUCCAUCAGUACGAUACCUGCUUCGACUUGGACAGAGUUCGCACAGUAACCGUUACUCUUGGAGACGAAAAAGGAAAAGUGCAUGAAAGCAUCAAACGCAGCAACUGCUACAUGGUGUGUGCGGGCGAGAGCACGAGCCCUGGGCAGGGCCGCAGCAACAGCGGGCUGGAGAUCGGCUGCGUGGUGGAUGCUGCCACCGGGCUGCUCACCUUCACGGCCAACGGCAAGGAGCUGAGCACAUACUACCAGGUGGAGCCAAGUACCAAAUUGUUUCCUGCGGUUUUUGCGCAAGCUACAAGUCCCAAUGUCUUCCAGUUUGAGUUGGGAAGAAUAAAGAACGUGAUGCCUCUCUCUGCGGGCCUCUUCAAGAGCGAGCACCGAAACCCCGUGCCCCAGUGCCCCCCGCGGCUGCACGUGCAGUUCCUGUCCCACGUGCUGUGGAGCAGGAUGCCCAACCAGUUCCUGAAGGUGGACGUGUCCCGGGUCGGCGAGCGCCAGGGCUGGCUGGUGCAGUGCGCGGACCCCCUGCAGUUCAUGUCCCUGCACAUCCCUGAGGAGAACAGGUCCGUGGACAUCCUGGAGCUGACGGAGCAGGAGGAGCUGUUGCGCUUCCACUCGCACACCCUGCGGCUCUACUCGGCCGUGUGCGCCCUGGGCAACCACCGCGUGGCGCAUGCGCUCUGCAGCCACGUGGACGAGGCGCAGCUGCUCUACGCCAUCCAGAGCAAGUACAUGCCCGGCCUGCUGCGCACCGGCUACUAUGACCUGCUCAUAGACAUCCACCUGAGCGCCUACGCCACCGCCCGGCUCAUGAUGAACAAUGAGUUCAUCGUGCCCAUGACAGACGAGACCAAGAGCAUCACGCUCUUUCCGGACGAGCACAAGGAGCAUGGGCUGCCUGGCAUCGGCCUCAGUACCUCGCUGCGGCCACGCAUGCGCUUCUCCUCACCCAGCUUUGUGAGCCUCAACCACGACUGCUACCAGGACAGCCCCGAGUUCCCCCUGGACACGCUGAAGGCCAAGACCAUGCAGAUGCUGACUGAGGCUGUGCGGGAGGGUGGACUGCGGGCGCGGGACCCUGUAGGGGGCACCACCGAGUUCCUCUUCGUGCCUCUCAUCAAGCUCUUCUACACGCUGCUCACCAUGGGUGUCUUCCAAGGCGAGGACCUGAAGCACAUCCUGCAGCUGAUUGAGCCCCGGGUGUUCACAGAGGCUGCCUCAGAGGAGCAGCAGCAGGCGCCGCCCUUGGAGCCCCACACCGAUGACUCCAGGCCCGAGGGUGCACGUGGGGAUGCAGCUGAGGGGCUGCUGCAGAUGAAGCUUCCUGAGCCCGUGAAGCUGCAGAUGUGUCUGCUCCUUCAGUACCUCUGUGACUGCCAGGUCCGACACCAGAUAGAAGCCAUAGUGGCCUUUUCAGAUGACUUUGUUGCCAAGCUGCAAGACAACCAGCGCUUCCGCUACAAUGAGGUCAUGCAGGCCUUGAACAUGUCGGCUGCGCUCACAGCCAGGAAGACAAAGGAGUUCAGGUCCCCGCCUCAAGAACAGAUCAACAUGCUUCUCAACUUCAAGGAUGACAAAAACGAAUGUCCGUGUCCCACGGAAAUCCGAGACCAGCUCCUGGACUUUCACGAAGACCUCAUGGCUCAUUGCGGAAUUGAGCUGGAUGAAGACGGCUCUCCGGAUAGCAAUGGCAACUUAACAAUCAGAGGCCGCCUGCUGUCCCUGGUGGAGAAGGUGACGUACCUGAAGAAGAGGCAAGCAGAAAAGCCAGUGGCAAGCGACCCCAGCAAGUCCUCCACCCUGCAGCAGCUGAUCUCGGAGACCAUGGUCCGGUGGGCUCAGGAGUCCGUCAUCGAGGACCCCGAGCUGGUGCGGGCUAUGUUUGUGCUGCUGCAUCGGCAGUAUGAUGGCAUCGGCGGGCUGGCGCGGGCUCUGCCCAAGACCUACACGAUCAGCGCCGUGUCCGUGGAGGACACCAUCAACCUGCUGGCCUCGCUCGGGCAGAUCCGCUCGCUGCUGAGCGUGAGGAUGGGCAGAGAAGAGGAGAAGCUUAUGAUUCGGGGACUAGGGGACAUCAUGAAUAAUAAAGUGUUCUACCAGCACCCUAACCUCAUGAGGGCGCUGGGGAUGCACGAGACGGUGAUGGAGGUCAUGGUGAACGUCCUGGGCGGUGGGGAGUCCAAGGAGAUCACUUUUCCCAAGAUGGUGGCCAACUGUUGCCGUUUUCUCUGUUACUUCUGUCGUAUAAGUCGGCAGAAUCAGAAAGCUAUGUUUGAUCACCUCAGUUAUUUAUUGGAAAACAGCAGCGUUGGUCUAGCCUCACCAGCAAUGCGGGGGUCGACUCCACUGGAUGUGGCCGCAGCCUCGGUGAUGGAUAACAACGAGCUGGCCUUGGCGCUGCGUGAGCCAGAUCUGGAGAAGGUUGUGCGAUAUCUGGCCGGCUGCGGACUGCAGAGCUGCCAGAUGCUGGUGUCCAGGGGGUACCCGGACAUUGGUUGGAACCCAGUCGAAGGGGAGCGAUACCUCGACUUUCUGCGAUUCGCCGUCUUCUGUAAUGGGGAGAGUGUGGAGGAGAACGCCAAUGUGGUGGUGAGGCUGCUCAUCAGGAGGCCUGAGUGUUUUGGCCCUGCCCUGCGGGGGGAGGGCGGGAACGGUCUUCUGGCAGCUGUGGAAGAGGCCAUCAAGAUAGCUGAGGACCCUUCUCGAGAUGGUCCCUCGCCAACCAGCGGGUCCAGCAGAACCCCGGAUGCAGAUGAGGAGGACGACACCGUGCACAUGGGGAACGCCAUCAUGACCUUCUACGCGGCUCUGAUCGACCUGCUGGGACGCUGCGCCCCUGAAAUGCACUUGAUUCAUGCCGGCAAGGGAGAAGCCAUCAGGAUCAGAUCCAUUCUGAGAUCCCUCAUUCCGCUGGGAGACUUGGUGGGAGUGAUCAGCAUUGCUUUCCCGAUGCCCACAAUAGCCAAGGAUGGGAGUGUGGUGGAGCCCGACAUGUCUGCGGGGUUUUGCCCAGAUCACAAGGCAGCCAUGGUUUUGUUCCUUGACAGGGUCUAUGGAAUUGAGGUUCAAGAUUUUCUCCUCCACCUUCUAGAGGUCGGCUUUCUGCCAGAUCUCCGGGCUGCUGCUUCUUUAGAUACGGCGGCCUUGAGUGCUACGGACAUGGCCUUGGCCCUCAACCGGUACCUCUGCACAGCCGUGCUGCCUCUGCUGAGGAGGUGCGCCCCGCUCUUUGCCGGCACCGAGCCCCAUGCGUCCCUCAUUGACUCACUGCUCCACACUGUGUACAGGCUGUCAAAGGGCUGCUCGCUGACCAGGGCCCAGCGGGACUCCAUAGAAGUUUGCUUGUUGUCCAUUUGCGGCCAAUUGAGACCUUCCAUGAUGCAGCACUUACUCAGGAGAUUAGUGUUUGAUGUCCCGCUGCUAAAUGAACAUGCAAAGAUGCCUCUUAAGCUGCUGACAAAUCAUUAUGAACGGUGCUGGAAGUAUUACUGUCUGCCUGGAGGGUGGGGAAACUUCGGAGCUGCCUCAGAAGAAGAGCUUCAUUUGUCAAGAAAAUUGUUCUGGGGAAUUUUUGAUGCCCUGUCUCAAAAGAAAUACGAACAAGAACUUUUCAAACUGGCCCUGCCCUGCCUGAGUGCCGUGGCUGGAGCUUUGCCUCCAGACUACAUGGAGUCCAGUCACGUCAGCGUGAUGGAGAAGCAGUCCUCCAUGGACGCCGAAGGCAACUUCAACCCACAGCCUGUCGAAACCUCCAAUAUCACAAUUCCCGAGAAGCUGGAAUACUUCAUUAACAAGUACGCUGAGCACUCCCAUGACCGAUGGUCCAUGGACAAGUUGGCCAAUGGAUGGAUUUAUGGGGAAACAUAUUCAGACGCAUCCAAAGUUCAGCCGUUAAUGAAACCAUAUAAACUACUAUCUGAAAAGGAAAAAGAAAUUUAUCGCUGGCCAAUCAAAGAGUCCUUGAAGACGAUGCUGGCGUGGGGCUGGAGGGUCGAGCGCACGCGGGAGGGGGACGGCAUGGCGCUCUGCAGCCGCACGCGGCGCGUCUCGCAGACCAGCCAGGUUUCCAUAGAUGCCGCCCAUGGGUACAGCCCCCGGGCCAUCGACAUGAGCAACGUCACACUGUCCAGAGACCUGCAUGCUAUGGCAGAAAUGAUGGCUGAAAACUACCACAAUAUAUGGGCAAAGAAAAAGAAAAUGGAGCUGGAGUCCAAAGGAGGGGGAAACCACCCCCUGCUGGUGCCUUAUGACACACUGACAGCCAAGGAGAAAGCCAAGGACAGGGAGAAAGCCCAGGACAUCCUCAAGUUCCUGCAGAUCAACGGGUACGCUGUGUCCAGGGGCUUCAAGGACCUGGACUUGGACACACCGUCCAUCGAGAAGCGGUUCGCCUACAGUUUCCUUCAGCAGCUCAUCCACUACGUGGACGAGGCCCAUCAGUACAUCCUGGAGUUCGAUGGUGGCAGCAGAUGCAAAGGACAGCAUUUCCCUUACGAACAAGAAAUCAAGUUCUUUGCUAAAGUCGUUCUGCCUUUAAUUGAUCAGUAUUUCAAAAACCAUCGUUUGUACUUCUUGUCUGCAGCGAGCAGACCGCUCUGCUCCGGGGGACAUGCCUCAAACAAGGAGAAGGAAAUGGUGACGAGCCUGUUCUGCAAACUCGGAGUUCUUGUCAGGCAUAGGAUUUCACUGUUUGGAAAUGACGCAACAUCAAUUGUCAACUGCCUGCACAUUCUGGGCCAGACGCUGGAUGCGAGGACAGUCAUGAAGACAGGCCUGGAGAGCGUGAAGAGUGCGCUCAGGGCAUUCCUGGACAGCGCCGCUGAGGACCUGGAGCAGACACUGGAGAACCUGAAGCAGGGCCAGUUCACCCACACGCGCCACCAGCCCAGGGGCGUCACCCAGAUCAUCAACUACACCACCGUGGCCCUGCUGCCCGUGCUGUCCUCGCUGUUCGAGCACAUCGGCCAGCACCAGUUUGGAGAAGACCUCAUACUGGAAGAUGUGCAGGUAUCCUGUUACAGAAUUCUAACCAGCUUAUAUGCUUUGGGAACAAGCAAGAGUAUUUAUGUGGAAAGGCAGCGCUCCUCGCUGGGGGAGUGUCUGGCAGCCUUCGCCGGUGCCUUUCCUGUGGCGUUUCUCGAGACUCAUCUCAACAAACACAACAGCUACUCCAUCUACAACACCAGGUCUUCCCGAGAGCGAGCAGCUCUCAAUUUGCCAGCGAGUGUGGAAGAUGUCUGUCCAAACAUACCAUCUUUGGAGAAGCUCAUGGAGGAGAUAGUGGAACUAGCCGAGUCUGGUAUCCGCUACACGCAGAUGCCACACGUGAUGGAAGUCAUCCUGCCUUUGCUGUGUAGUUACAUGUCCCGAUGGUGGGAGCACGGGCCCGAGAACCACCCAGGCCGGGCGGAGGCCUGCUGCACGGCCCUGGACUCGGAGCACAUGAACACCCUACUGGGGAACAUACUGAAGAUCAUCUACAACAACCUGGGGAUUGACGAGGGGGCCUGGAUGAAGAGGCUAGCAGUGUUUUCCCAGCCUAUAAUAAAUAAAGUGAAGCCACAGCUCUUGAAAACUCAUUUCUUGCCACUGAUGGAGAAACUGAAGAAAAAGGCAGCCACGGUGGUUUCCGAGGAAGACCAUCUGAAAGCUGAGGCCCGGGGGGACAUGUCCGAGGCCGAACUUCUCAUCCUGGAUGAGUUCACCACGCUGGCCAGGGACCUGUAUGCCUUCUACCCUCUCCUGAUUCGCUUUGUGGACAACAACAGGGCGAAGUGGCUCAAAGAGCCUACCCCGGAGGCUGAGGACCUCUUCCGCAUGGUGGCCGAGGUGUUCAUCUACUGGUCGAAGUCCCACAAUUUCAAGAGAGAAGAGCAGAACUUUGUUGUCCAGAAUGAAAUCAACAACAUGUCUUUCCUGAUCACUGACACCAAGUCAAAGAUGUCGAAGGCGGCUGUUUCCGACCAGGAGCGGAAGAAGAUGAGGCGGAAGGGCGACCGCUACUCCGUGCAGACCUCGCUCAUCGUGGCCGCCCUGAAGCGGCUGCUGCCCAUCGGGCUGAACAUCUGUGCGCCUGGUGACCAAGAGCUCAUAGCCCUGGCCAAGAAUCGGCUGAGUAUGAAAGACACUGAGGAUGAAGUCCGAGAUAUAAUCCGCAGUAAUAUUCAUUUGCAAGGCAAGCUGGAGGACCCUGCUAUUAGGUGGCAAAUGGCCCUUUACAAAGACUUACCUAAUAGGACUGAAGACAAUUCAGAUCCCGAGAAGACCGUGGAGAGAGUCCUGGACAUAGCCAACGUGCUCUUCCACCUCGAACAGAAAUCUACAUGUAUGCGUUGGAGAUAUUACAGUCUGGUGGAGCACCCUCAGAGGUCUAAGAAGGCUGUCUGGCACAAGCUGCUCUCCAAGCAGAGGAAGAGAGCGGUGGUGGCCUGCUUCCGGAUGGCCCCCCUCUACAACCUGCCCAGGCACCGGGCCAUCAAUCUCUUCCUUCAGGGAUAUGAAAAGUCCUGGAUUGAAACGGAAGAACAUUACUUUGAAGAUAAACUGAUAGAAGAUUUAGCAAAACCUGGAGCAGAACCUCCAGAGGAAGAUGAAGGCCCGACCAGAGUGGACCCUCUGCAUCAGCUGAUCCUCCUGUUCAGUCGCACGGCCCUAACGGAGAAAUGCAAACUGGAGGAAGACUUUUUAUACAUGGCUUAUGCAGAUAUUAUGGCAAAGAGUUGUCAUGAUGAAGAAGAUGACGAUGGUGAAGAGGAAGUGAAGAGUUUUGAAGAGAAGGAGAUGGAGAAGCAGAAGCUUCUGUACCAGCAGGCCCGGCUGCACGAGCGUGGCGCCGCUGAGAUGGUGCUGCAGACGAUCAGCGCCAGCAAAGGGGAGACCGGACCGAUGGUGGCUGCUACUCUGAAACUUGGCAUUGCUAUCCUAAACGGCGGCAACUCCACAGUCCAGCAGAAAAUGCUCGACUACCUCAAGGAGAAGAAGGACGUGGGCUUCUUCCAGAGCCUGGCAGGCCUGAUGCAGUCCUGCAGUGUCCUCGACCUGAAUGCGUUUGAGCGGCAGAACAAAGCUGAAGGACUUGGAAUGGUGACCGAGGAAGGAUCAGGAGAGAAGGUUCUUCAGGAUGACGAGUUCACCUGUGACCUCUUCCGCUUCCUGCAACUGCUGUGCGAGGGACACAACUCAGAUUUUCAGAACUAUCUGAGGACGCAGACCGGCAACAACACCACGGUCAACAUCAUCAUCUCCACCGUGGACUACCUGCUGCGGGUUCAGGAAUCCAUCAGUGAUUUCUACUGGUACUACUCUGGAAAAGACGUCAUUGACGAGCAAGGGCAACGGAACUUCUCCAAGGCCAUUCAAGUAGCAAAACAAGUCUUCAACACACUCACGGAGUACAUUCAGGGCCCCUGCACCGGCAACCAGCAGAGCCUGGCCCACAGCCGGCUCUGGGACGCCGUCGUGGGCUUCCUCCACGUGUUCGCCCACAUGCAGAUGAAGCUGUCGCAGGACUCCAGUCAGAUCGAGCUGUUGAAAGAGCUCAUGGACCUCCAGAAGGACAUGGUGGUCAUGCUGCUGUCCAUGCUCGAAGGUAACGUUGUCAACGGGACCAUCGGCAAGCAGAUGGUGGACAUGCUUGUGGAGUCUUCCAACAACGUGGAGAUGAUUCUCAAGUUCUUCAACAUGUUCUUAAAACUGAAGGACUUGACGUCUUCUGACACAUUUAAGGAAUAUGACCCUGAUGGCAAGGGGGUCAUCUCCAAGAGGGACUUCCACAAAGCCAUGGAAAGCCACAAGCACUACACGCCGUCGGAGACUGAGUUCCUUCUGUCCUGUGCAGAGACAGAUGAAAAUGAGACCCUGGACUACGAGGAAUUUGUCAAGCGGUUCCACGAACCCGCGAAGGACAUCAGCUUUAAUGUCGCCGUCCUUCUGACCAACCUCUCGGAGCACAUGCCCAACGACACGCGGCUGCAGACCUUCCUGGAGCUGGCGGACAGCGUGCUCAACUACUUCCAGCCCUUCCUGGGCCGCAUCGAGAUCAUGGGCAGUGCCAAGCGCAUCGAGAGGGUUUACUUCGAGAUCAGCGAGUCCAGCCGGACGCAGUGGGAGAAGCCCCAGGUCAAGGAGUCCAAGAGGCAGUUCAUCUUCGACGUGGUCAACGAGGGCGGCGAGAAGGAGAAGAUGGAGCUCUUUGUGAACUUCUGCGAGGACACCAUCUUCGAAAUGCAGCUGGCAGCCCAGAUCUCAGAGUCGGACCUGAACGAGAGGUCAGCCAGCAAGGAAGAGAGCGAGAAGGAGCGGCCGGAGGAGCAGGGCCCGGGGAUGGGCUUCUUCUCCAUCUCGACUGUGCAGGCGGCCCUGCUGGCCCUCAGGUACAACCUCCUGGCCCUCCUGCGCAUGCUCAGCCUGAAGAGCCUGAAGAAGCAGAUGAAGAAGGUGAAGAAGAUGACGCUGAGGGACAUGGUGGCAGCACUCUUCUCCUCCUACUGGGGAGUCCUGACCAGCCUCGCGCACUUCGUGGCCAGCGUCCUCCGUGGCUUCUCCCGGGUGGUGGGCGGCCUGCUCCUGGGGGGCAGCCUCGUGGAAGGCGCCAAGAAGAUGAGAGUGGCAGAGCUCCUGGCGAACAUGCCAGACCCCACGCAGGACGAGGUGAGGGGCGAUGGGGAGGAGGCCGAGCGAAGGCCCCUGGAGGCCGCCCUGCCCUCGGAGGACCUCACGGACCUGAAGGAGCUGGCGGAGGAAAGCGACCUCCUCUCGGACAUAUUCGGCUUGGACCUGAAGAGAGAAGGAGGGCAGUACAAACUCAUCCCUCACAACCCGGAUGCAGGCCUCAGCGACCUCAUGAGCAACCCUGUGCCCCUUCCCGAGGUGCAGGAAAAGUUUCAGGAACAGGAGGUGAAAGAGGAGGACAAGGAAGAAAAGGAAGAAAACAAAUCGGAACCUGAAAAAGCUGACGGAGAAGACGGAGAGAAAGAGGAGAAGCCCAAGGACGAGAAAGGCAGGCAGAAGCUCCGGUCGGUACACACACACAGAUACGGAGAGCCAGAGGCCCCCGAGUCCGCGUUCUGGAAGAAAAUCAUAGCUUAUCAGCAGAAGCUGCUAAACUAUUUUGCUCGCAACUUUUACAACAUGAGAAUGUUAGCCUUAUUUGUCGCGUUCGCAAUCAAUUUCAUCCUCCUCUUCUAUAAGGUGUCCACUUCUUCUGUGGUUGAAGGAAAGGAGCUCCCCCCUCGCAGCGCAAGUGGAAACACCAGAGUGGGCGUCCUGGACAGCGGCCCUGACAGCAGCCCGCCGGGCGCGGCGGCCGUGCACUACGUGCUGGAGGAGAGCAGUGGCUACAUGGAGCCCGCCCUGCGCAUCCUGGCCGUGCUGCACACCGUCAUCGCCUUCUUCUGCAUCAUUGGCUACUACUGCUUGAAAGUCCCGCUGGUUAUUUUUAAGCGUGAAAAGGAAGUAGCUCGAAAAUUGGAGUUUGAUGGGCUUUAUAUUACAGAACAGCCUUCGGAAGAUGAUAUUAAAGGCCAGUGGGAUAGACUCGUGAUCAACACACAGUCAUUUCCCAACAACUACUGGGACAAAUUUGUUAAAAGAAAGGUUAUGGAUAAAUAUGGAGAGUUUUAUGGCAGGGACCGGAUUAGUGAGCUGCUGGGCAUGGACAAAGCGGCUCUGGACUUCAGUGACGCUCGGGAGAAGAAGAAGCCGAAGAAAGACAGCUCCCUGUCGGCCGUGCUGAACUCCAUUGACGUGAAGUAUCAGAUGUGGAAGCUCGGAGUGGUCUUCACUGACAAUUCCUUCCUCUACCUUGCCUGGUACAUGACCAUGUCCGUUCUCGGACACUACAACAACUUUUUCUUUGCUGCUCACCUUCUCGACAUUGCUAUGGGGUUCAAGACGCUGAGAACCAUCUUGUCAUCGGUAACUCACAAUGGCAAGCAGCUUGUGUUAACCGUCGGCUUGUUAGCCGUCGUCGUGUACCUCUACACUGUUGUGGCAUUCAACUUCUUCCGGAAAUUCUACAAUAAAAGUGAAGACGGUGACACCCCAGACAUGAAGUGUGACGAUAUGCUCACGUGCUACAUGUUCCACAUGUACGUCGGCGUGCGGGCUGGAGGGGGCAUCGGCGACGAGAUUGAAGACCCGGCGGGCGAUGAGUACGAGAUCUAUCGCAUCAUCUUCGACAUCACCUUCUUCUUCUUCGUCAUUGUCAUCCUCCUGGCCAUAAUACAAGGUUUAAUUAUCGACGCGUUUGGAGAACUAAGAGACCAGCAGGAACAAGUGAAGGAAGACAUGGAGACCAAAUGCUUCAUCUGUGGGAUAGGCAAUGAUUACUUCGACACGGUGCCACACGGCUUUGAAACGCACACCUUACAGGAGCACAACUUGGCCAAUUACCUGUUCUUUCUGAUGUACCUCAUAAACAAAGACGAGACAGAGCACACAGGACAGGAGUCUUAUGUCUGGAAGAUGUAUCAGGAAAGAUGCUGGGAGUUUUUCCCCGCAGGGGACUGUUUCCGGAAACAGUACGAAGACCAGCUGAAUUAAUUCGGGCCCAGAUCGCCUCCGAAGCCCGCACCCUCCCUCCCUCCGUCAUGCUCUCCCUCCGUCAGACUCUCAGACACCCAGUGUCUUUCACAAACACCCUGCCGAUCUGGUGACCCGCCCGCCCUCCAUGCUUUCUGGGAGCAGCGAAGCUGUGCUUCUGAAGACCUGACUGGGCUUCCCCCACCUUGCGUGUUUUCGUCGAGAAUAAAGACUGAGGAAUAAUCUAAACUCAUGUGCAGACCACAUAGGAACUCUGGAAGGAAAGCCAUUCUGGACACUCAGUCAGAACACGGAGAGAUGUCCUUCUGAGAUGCCUGGAGUCUCGGAGGGUGGGAGGGCCCGGAGGAGCAGCCGCGCAUGUGGGCCUCUGCAUAUCCCCAUCCUGCGAGGGACUCCGAGGGCCGCGCCCGCUGCAGGGCGCCCGUGCCGUUGAAGGGAAAUAGUGCCUUACUGGGUGUGGGUUGAGCUAUGCAGACGACACGUGCAUGCAGAACACCUUCGUUUUCACUAGGUCCACUUUUGUUCCUUAGGUUGAUUUCUGUGCAUUUUUUUCUUUACCUUUUUCUUUGGUGGGGGAGGGUAAGGAAAGCAGUCCGUGCACUUUUUAAAGAGACAGGCGGCCCGUCUCAGGACAAGGAGGUCUCCUCAUCCGCUGAACUUGCACCCCCCCACCUGCUCCUGUGCUCAUUUCGGUGACACCUCGAUGCAACCCUGCAACUCUGUGAAAUCUCCGUAUGAAACAAAGGACUGCAAAAAACACUCUUUCAAAAGAAAUAACUCAUUGCAUGUCUAUUAUGCAAGUUUAAGCAAACAGAGAAAACCCUCCCAGCAAGCCGAUCCCCACGAGAGAACGUCCAUGCUAACCAUCCAUAGUCCAAAGUGCUGUGUGCUGGCGCUGCGUGUGCCCAGAGCCAGGGCCGUCCACCGACACCCGGGCCACGCGGGCCUGACGUCACCCUGGGUCACCUGUGACCAGCUGUUGAGUAAGGACCUCUCGUCCAGCUGUUUUUUACUAUCAGUGCAGAAGCAAUAUCCAUUCAGGGAGUUCAUCAGUUGCAUCAAACGAUGAUAAGAUCAGUCACUCCAUUUUGAGUCCUUUGAAAUGUAAUGCUAAUCUUUACAAAUAAAAGGGCAGAUUCAGAAUGGAAGCAAGGUCAUUUUGCAAACAUUGGAGCUCUUUUAUUACAAGUCUGCUUGUUAAUUUUAGAAUUGUAAAACUGCUCUGAUUAAACUAUUUAACUAACUUGC